UGGUGUAUUUUUGCAAAAAAAAACUUUGAGAGAGUUUUAGCAGUUGAAUAGAUGAAAUGAUCACAAACUAUUAGUUUUAGAAAUUAUUUGCAUUUAAGCUAACUAAUUUGUUGCUAAGGUAACUGUAAAUGAACUCUUUAUUACGACAAAUGCAUUGUCUCGUAGAAUUCAACACAGGGAAAAGGCUAUUGUAAAAACUAAAAAAUGGAAAUUAUUGAAAAAUUUCCAAUAGAUCCAGCAUUGCAAGAUUCUACGUUUUCUCACAUCGGUCAAGAUAAAAAAAGGAAAAAAUCAACAUGUCAAAAUAUUUACGAAAGCACAAUAAAGAAAGACUAUCCACCACUAGGUUUUGUUUCAAAGCAAGACCGUCUUCCUUCGCCAAAACCAGCAAAGAUCUUCUCAGUUGAUUCUCAAAUCAAUGAACAAAGGUCGUUGACAGCCACGCAUUUUGUUAAACAAUCAACGACUGAGCGAACUAAGCUCUCAGAAGUGGCAAAGUUGGUUUUGGGGACAAAAAAUCUGACAAAAAUGGACGUGGAUAACAACAGCACGAUGGCCUUUGAUACGACGCAUAAAGUCUAUUUUCCUGUUAGGAUUUCAGAAAAAGUAAAAAGGAAAGAAGACAUGAUGAAAAGUUCAAUUCCACAAGGUGACAAAGAGAAGGUGAACAUACCGUUCUCAAACUACCGCCAGAGUUUCUUGGAAGAUAAACUGAGCCAGUUGGAUGUUGCCUCACCAGCAAAAUUUGAAGCCACGUCCAUGUUACAUGGAGACGCAAAGUUCUACGAAGAUCAGUUCGAAACCACCAAUAAGAAGACAUUUCGUGGUCAAUACACGUUACCACAGAGGAUGAAAGCUGUAAAGAACAACGUUUGUAGUAUUCGUCAUGGGGAUCCAAAAAAGGUUCUUUACGCUGUAACAACGAAUCAGAAAUUCUUUAAAGAAAAGCCACUGAAAAGGGUGGAUCCAUGCGGUCCAAACUACAUAGCAAGUAUAAUCCUUGGUGAUUCAAAAGAGAAGUGGUCUUUGGUAGACCAUAAAACGAAAAGAGAAUUAUUUCCUUGCGUUGAAACACAGCACUUGGUCAGUAGGCAGGCAAAGUUGAAUAUGGCAAAAAGCAACAUCCCUUUCGGUGAUUCGGAGAAGUCGCAAGGAAGAUUCACACAAACAACACACGAUUCGUUUUUCAAAAGACCUGUCAUCUCAUCGCCGUACAAAAAGGUUGACGGAGCAUAUCUACUGACGAAGUCUAAAGUCAAAUUUGGAGCGGAGAGUGCAGUUGGACAGCAACACUACAACACAACAAUGAGCUCAAACUUCUCGGCGAAAUCAGAGCCGGUGAUACGGAGUGAUUGGCAAACAACCAACAGUAAUGUGUGUUUGAAUUAUUAUGGUAACGAAAUGAACCAGUCAACAACUGUCUCAGAUUUUCCUUCAUAUUCAGAAGCCAAACGUUUGGUGCCUGAUACAAAAUACCUAUCAAAAAUAACAGCUUCACACAUCCAGAUGCCAAGGGCAUUGAUUUCUGAGUUUCGUACAAGUCACAAUAUUUCUUAUCCGAUAAAACAGUCAAAGAGGGAGACGUACGAAGCGGGAAAGCUGCACAAAAGUUCGAUUAAGUUAGGAAAUAUUAGCGUACGUUAAUCUAUGUACAGUAGUUUGGAAUUUCUUCAAAAUUAACCUUAGUUUUGGUGUGAAUCAUCUAGUGAAGAUGGCGAGGGCAGGAAUUGUGUAAU